AACCACUUCUAUUUCACCAUUUCAAUUCGUCGAGCAUAGAGAUAGAAACGGGGUUGACUUCUACCGUUUCCAUGGUGUAACCCCGACACACACGCGCCAAACGUUGAAUCAGUACCAGCCAGAGUCUCAGUAUUCAUUGUUGACUUAUAGAGUCUCUAAAAGAACAACAUGAAUGUGGAUCCAAAGAAAACUGCCUCUAAUGGCCAGGAGAAAAUGUUGACAUCACAAGAACAGCAAGCAUUGAUCAAUGAGGUGAGAAGGUUAAUUGGGCCACUGUCUGGUAAGGCAUCCAUUUAUUGUUCCGAUGCAUCAAUAGCAAGGUAUUUAAGGGCGCGAAAUUGGAAUGUCAAGAAGGCAACUAAAAUGUUGAAGCAGACUCUGAAAUGGAGAGAAGAAUACAAACCAGAAGAGAUCCGCUGGGAAGAUGUUGCUCAUGAAGCAGAGACAGGAAAAAUCUAUAGAACAAAUUAUAUUGACAAGCACGGGAGAACAGUCCUAGUAAUGAGACCUGGUCGCCAGAACUCAAAGUCAACAAAAGGACAAAUUAAAUAUUUGGUAUACUGCAUGGAGAAUGCUAUUUUAAAUCUUCCACCAGAACAGGAACAGAUGGUCUGGCUGAUUGACUUCCAGGGUUUCAAUAUGUCACAUAUUUCAAUAAAGGUGACACGGGAAACUGCCCAUGUCUUACAAGAACAUUAUCCUGAACGGCUGGGUCUGGCAGUAUUGUAUAAUGCACCUAAGUUCUUCGAACCAUUCUUCAUGAUGGUAAAGCCCCUAUUAGAGCCUAAGACAUACAACAAAGUCAAGUUCGGCUACUCUGAUGAUCAGAACACUAAGAAGAUCAUGGAGGAUUUGUUUGAUAUAGACCAUCUUGAAUCUGCUUUCGGUGGGAAUGAUGAUACAGGAUUUGACAUAAAUAAAUAUGCUGAGAGAAUGAGAGAGGAUGAUAAGAAGAUUCCCUCUUUCUGGACAAGGGAAAACUCCCCAUCAUCCGUCCCAAACAAUGUUCCUUCUUUAGAUUCAAUUAGGUUAGACUCAAAUUCUGAUGCUUCUGACAAUGAGAAAUUAGACUCUUCCCCUGACCCCAAGAUGGAUACAGGCAUCAUUAACCCUGAAGAGAAUAUAUCUGUUAAUGAAGGGGGGAAAAAUGCCAUUGAAGAUAUGCAUUUGAAUGAGAAAUUAGAUACCUCAGGCCUUUGAAAUAACAAUCUGGCUCUGAGCUAGCAAGAUGCUGUGACAUUUUUAUUUUAAAGUUAGAAUCUAUAGACUUUUUGUUAACUUGAUGUUGGAUUUAAGACGACAGAUGAUUUUACCUUGUGGAUUCAAGCUUUUAACCUUUAAAACGGGCAUGGAAUGCUUGCUUGUGCAUCCAGCAGUAUUUUGCUUCUGUUGUGGUUGACAGGUUUUUUGUUUUCCUUCCCCUUCAUGGAUGGAAGGAUGGUAUUUGUUAAUAAUUUUU